AAGGUUGUGCGAGAAAUGCACUUAGAGCAUGCAAAUAUUAAAUUUUCUGCAGAGUCAAAGUUGGCGGAAGCAAAUGCAUUGGUUGUUAGCAUUGAAAAGAAAUCUUUAGAAGUGGAAGCCAAGUUGCGCUCUGCUGAUGCCAAACUUGCAGAAAUAAGCAGAAAGAGUUCAGAGAUUGACAGAAAAUCACACGAUCUUGAGUCUCAAGAAGCUUUGCUUCGAAGGGAUCGCUUAUCUCUGAUUGCAGAGCAAGAAGCACAUGAGAGUACUUUAUCAAAGCAGAGAGAGGACUUGUGAGAAUGGGAAAAGAAAUUGCAGAAGGGGGAAGAGAGGCUAUCCAAAG